CGAACUAAAUAAACAAAUCGGAACUUCCCCGGCUUUUUAAAGAUGGCCGGCGUUCUUCAAGACGGAAACGCAAGGAAAUUUCAUUUAACAAACGGCGGCGACGCCUCUUUCCGGCGCCCUUUUUCAGGUCUAUAUGCAACCAAACACCAACACUCUUCUGAGGAGAGGAACGUGGGCGGCGCGUGGUGUUGAGAAGCUUGAUACGGCGGCUAGAGAAGCCAAGAAAAGGCUGGAUAAGAGAUUACAACGAACCCUUACUAAAUUAAUGUUUUGGAGGUGAAUAUUAAUGCUAUUGGUAUUCAAGAUUUUAUUUUUAUUUUUUCAACCGAGACCAUUCGGCGGCUAUCACAUUAUUAUCGAUUUCACUCAUAAUUCAAAAAAUUGAAAUUUCUUGUUUUGAAAGGAUAUAAUAUAUCUGGUUAAGUUUCACAAUUUAAAUAAAUAAAUAAACAAACAUAAUAUAAAAUGAAAUGAGCAUAGAUAGUAAACGGCAGAAAGCCUCCAUUAUUGUGAUUCUCAUCAUCACCAUUUUUGUUGAGCCUUCUUUCCUCGCCAUUCCCCACACCCCACACCUCUUACCUUUUUCUCUUUGGCUGGAGAGGAAGAGAAACGGAGAAGAAUCAUCACCAGAUGGGAUCGAGCAUCAGCCGAACGAGCUCGACCUCCCAUUCUCGGCCCGGCCGCCCCACCAUGAGGCGCUCUAUCUCCUCCCUCCUCAUCUGCGGCGCCUCUUCCACCCAGGAGUAGAACAUGUUCGUAGAAAAAAGUUGAAAUUCCCAAUAAGAAAUUCGGAUUUGUCAGAGGAAAAUGGAGAUGACCUGAUCAGUAUCAAAAGUGGAAGAGUGGUCUCACCUGGAAGAUUUUUGGGUGCAAGCCAUGAUGAUCCUACUGAUAGAGCGAAGUGGGUGUCUAAAAGUAGGGAGUUGGUUCCUUCUUGUCAAUCCAUUGACAGCAAAACAUGUGAUGGAACUGCUAGUAGUUCCUAUGGAGGCCAACCGUCUCCCAUUUUUGUAUCUGGAAAUGAAAUGUCCAGUAUUGAUAAUAUGAAUGCCAUAAAUUGCAACAUGAAAGGUGACACUUCUCGAAUUGGUCAAGGAUUCAAUAACUCAAGCGGUGUAUAUUGUGAUGCUCUUCAAGAAUCUUUUUUGGAUGAAGUUUCAGUUGAAAAUAAUGUUUCUUCGGAAAUCAAUUACUCUAGUUCGGACUUUGGAGCCUCUUUGGUUUCUGAUUCAUCUGUGGAUUUCCAUUUAUUGAGAGACAAUAUUCAUCAGGAGGCAACACCACAAGAUUUGGAAUGGGAACAGAUUAGACAAGAUGAGAAUCUACUUCAUGUCGACAUGGUGAGUACAUCCAAUACUUUGCCUGUUAGUUCUGCUGAAAUAAGCAGCCAUGAGACCAGAAGGAGUAGUAGAAGAUUAUUUUGGGAUGCAUUUUCAAGACGCAGUUCUAGGAGGCUUGCAGAUUCCAGAAGAUUUUUGUUUUCAUCUUCUGGUUCUGAUCAUUUGAGAUCUCCAGACAGACAGCUGCUCAGUUUUAGUGGUGGUUUUAUUGAUGAUGAGUUUGUAGGAGAUUUAGAUUCUCGUGGAAGUAGAUCUCCAGGCGCUAAUGAUCAUUAUUUGAACCCCAGACUUGAGCUCUGGGAUAGCCAUGGUGGUACUCUUGAUUCAACAGAUUAUCCACCCCCAGCUUGUCCUCGGGGAGUACAUGCUAAUGGGUCAUGCUUGUGCCAAACCAGUUCAUUAGCUGAAGAAUCUGGUCCACGUACUGGCAUUUCUCGGAUAGUUAUGCUGGCAGAAGCAUUGUUCGAGGUACUUGAUCAAAUUCAUCAACAGCCACUGUCACUUUCCUUGUCAGUGGCCUCACUUCCUGCUCCAGAAUCAGUUGUUGAUUCUUUUCUGGUGAAGACACAUGGGAAGUCAGAAAAUUUGGAAUCCGCAGAUGAUGUAUCACAGUGUUAUAUAUGCCUGGCUGAGUAUGAGGAAGGAGACAAAAUACGAGUUCUUCCAUGCCAUCAUGAGUGUCAUGUGUCCUGUGUGGACAAAUGGCUUAAAGAAAUACACGGUGUGUGCCCACUCUGCAGGGGAGAUGUUAGCCUGGGUUCCUCAGAGGGCUAAGAUUCAUUUAAAGUGGUUAGUUUUGUACAUAUUUAUUAUAUAAGAUGGGUCUUGAAGACCAUCUACCUUGAUGAAACACUUUUCCAUUUAUACUCUGGGAUCAUUGCUGAUUCCAAUAGUGGUUGAUAGUGAAGUUAGUUAAUGAGUUGUAAAUCAGAGCAAGGAAAGACAGAAUUGCCAAAACUUGUAUCAAAAUAUGAGUAGAACAUCCUCUGUUAAUACUUCUGCUCAUUUUUUU